GUCAACACAGCGACGCCAUUGUAACUUCUAUUCAAACGUCUUUUUAUCUUCUUUAAUAAUUGCCGUCUUCAUAAUCAAGACAAUUCUUAAUCAAUCGUAAUAGUUGAUGAAUUUCAAAGAACUGAUAAUUACUGUAAUAAUAUAACCUGUUAUGUUAUGGAGGAUCUCUGAUAAUCUGCGAAGGAACGUGUUUUCUUUAGCAUCGAGUUAAUUUUCCUCAACAGUAUACUCUAGAUUCACCCUCAGAAGAACCUUCCUUCCUUCGACAGUUUUGAUUAGCAUCAGGAUUUUGGGAAUGCAUGUUGUUUAAUUGUACUACAUGGAACAUUACUAAUAGCAACUCCUAAAGUGUAUGAGACAACAGUGAAUUAUUGUAUGCAUAUUUAACAAAUUUAAACAACAAGUAAAAUUUGUUUUGAAUAUUAGAUUCAUAAAUCAGCAGUGACAUCUGGUUGUAGUCCUUCAAGAUAUUGUACUUAAUUUUUAACAGAUUUAUUCAGUAAUUAUUUGUAAACAAUUGUGUGUUAAGAGUUGUGAAAUGAACACAUUGUCAUUACGGAGCAGGACGGGACAUAAGGCUAAAAUGAAUCCAGGACAUUCUUUAGAAUUUCCUUUGAAAAGUGAAACUGAAGGUGCAUUAUCACUACCUUCCAUAAAUCAAGAAAACAGCAACUUGGCUGCCUUUAGUGGAACCAGUGAUGAAGACUUUUUGUCUCUGGAUCCAUUUAUGGACAUCAAAAUAGAGCCAGAGGAAUUCUGUGAGUCUAAUGAAGAUGAUGAAUAUUCAUAUGAAAUGAAUUCAACAGUGAAUGAAAAACAUCCACAAACUUGCAAAAAGGAAGUAAAACAAGAAAGAAGAAAUAGUCACAAUGGAGAGAAGCCUUUCAUAUCCACUGACUGUGAGAAAACAUUUUACAAGAAAAUUAAUCUUACAAAUGAUAUCACAAAUCCUACCAGAGAGAAAUUCAUGUGCAAUGACUGUGGGAAAGCAUUUUCCUUGAAACAUAAUCUUAUAGUUCAUACGAGAAUCCAUACGGGAGAGAAGCCAUUCACGUGCAAGGAAUGUGGGAAAGAAUUUGCCCACAAACAUCAUCUUACAAGUCAUAUGAGAAUCCAUACCGGAGAGAAGCCAUUCACGUGCAAUGAAUGUGGGAAACCAUUUUCCAAGAAAUCAAUGCUUACACUUCAUAUGAGAAUCCACACUGGAGAGAAUCCAUUCAGGUGUAAGGAAUGUGGGAAAGCAUUUUCCCAGAAACCACAUCUUGCAAGUCAUAUGAAAAUCCACACUGGAGAGAAACCAUUCAGAUGCAAGGAAUGUGAUAAAGCAUUUUCCCAGAAAGCAAAUCUUACAAGUCAUAUGAGAUUGCAUACUGGAGAGAAACCAUUCAUGUGCAAGGAAUGUGAUAAAGUAUUUUCCCAUAAACCAAGUCUUACACUUCAUAUGAGAUGGCAUACUGGAGAGAAUCCAUUCAUAUGCAAGGAAUGUGGGAAAGCAUUUUCCGAUAAAUCAAUUCUUACACUUCAUAUGAGAUUGCAUACUGGAGAGAAGCCAUUCAUGUGCAAUGAAUGUGGGAAAGCAUUUUCCCAGAAAUCAAAUCUUACAAGUCAUAUGAGAUUGCACACUAGAGAGAAGCCAUUCAUGUGCAAUGAAUGUGGGAAAGGAUUUUCCCAGAAAUCAAGUCUUACACGUCAUAUGAGGUUCCAUACCGGAGAGAAGCCAUUCAUGUGCAAAGAAUGUGGGAAAGCAUUUUCCCUGAAAUCAACUCUUACAGAUCAUAUAAGAAUCCACACUGGAGAGAAGCCAUUCAUGUGCAACGGAUGUGAUAAAGGAUUUUCCCAGAAAUCAAAUCUUACAAGUCAUAUGAGGUUGCAUACCGGAGAGGAAAAAGAAACAACAUGAUAAAAUAAACCAGUUAAGGCAGAGAUAUCUCAAAUGACCAAGUAUAUGAGAGAUCAAAAUCACUCACAAAAUCUGCUCAAGAAAAUAAGGAAAAUAAAGAAAAAAUACAGAAUAGGGGAUGAACAAAUGAGUGGAAAAUUGUCAGAACACCAAGCCAAUAUCAAGGCCCUAGCUUCACAAAUAGGAAACAAACAAUAGGAGAUAAAGGUAAAACAGAUAUAUAAGCAGUUUGGUGAAAAUCCAAAGAUUGUGUAUAGAAAGAUAACGAAAGAAACAGUGGCGGUAUGAACACCACCGAGCAAGGAAGACCUAGAGAAAUUUUGGAAGCCACUGUUUGAAGACCCUAGACAAAACCAAGAGAAUUCAUGGAUUGGCACCAUUAAGCAGAAGAACAACCAGAAAUAGCAAAUGCCACCAAUAAGGUUCACCAUCGAAAAAGUAACAAAACUAUAAGCAUAUAAUAAUUUCAAGACACCAGGAAUAGACAAGAUCUGAAAUUUCUGGCUAAAAAAGAUCACAGCACUACACCACACUUAUAUGCAAGCCUUUUCAAGAAUAGUAAAAGGAGAAGAAUCACCAGAGUGGCUCACAACAGGAAGCACCAACCUUCUCUCUAAGAGCUCUUGAGACUGAGCUCUUUAACAAAUAUAGGGCCAUCUGCUGCCUACCAACAACCUACAAAUGGGUCAAAGGAGUCAUAGCUGAUGAGAUCUAUGAACAUCUAGAUCAAGGCAAAUAUAUGGAAAAAGAACGAAAGGGAUGCACAAGAAACAAACUAGGUGCUAAAGAUCAACUGCUAAUAAACAAAACAAUAUUAGAAGAUUGUAAGAAAAGACAAAGGAAUCUUAAUAUGGCUUGGAUAGAUUACAAGAAGGCAUUUGAUACCGUGCCGUGCACCUGGAUAUUCAAAUAUAUGGAAUUAGACAACAUCAAUGAGGAAAUAAGAUCUUUCUUCGCAGCACAGAUGAGGAAGUGGAAGACCACUCUCUGCCUAAAACACUCUUUUGGGCCAGAUAGUAAUUCCAGACAUAAAGAUCCAAAGAGGAAUAUUCCAGAGUGACAUCCUUUCACUACUUCUAUUCUGCUUGACCAUAGAUCUGCUUAGUAAAAUCUUGAACAACACUAACACUGUCUAUGACCUAAGCAAAAGUAGAAGGAGAAAAGAGAAUAAAAGAGUGAACCACCUGCUCUUUAUGGAUGACCUUAAGUUGUAUGCAGAUUCAGAAGAAAAAUUGGAAGAAUUAGUUAGGACAGUCUACCAAUUCUCAAAUGACACCUGCAUGGAAUUUGGGUUGGACAAGUGUGCCAAGAGUACAAUAAAGAGAGGGAAGAGAGUAAUAUCAGAAGGAAUAAAGGUAGAGGAAGGCAUGUUUGUUGAAGACCUGGCAGGGGAGUCUGCAUAUAAGAACUUGGGAAUACAAGAAAACAGUGGUAUAGAACCAGCUGGCAAUACCAUUGGUGACAUGGUUUUGGCAUUGUAGACUGUCCACAAAGUGAGUUAGACAGGAUGGACAUUAAAACCAGGAAGAUUCUCACCCUACAUAAAUAUCUCCCUCACAGAGAAGGUGGAUUAUGCCUACAGAGCAGCAAUAAUAAAUAAGUCAAGGGUAGUACUUCAAAAGCUCUGAGGAUGAAAACAUCAAAAAGGUUGCCCAACACCACAGGCUAAGAACUUUGCAGAUCUGCUAAAAGACACGGAGGGUACUAAACAGACUCCAACAAAAACGAUAGCCAGGAAGACCAGGCAGAAAUACAGUCACAGAGAGGAGAAACUUAGAAUAGAAAGGUGGAAAGACCAUGGAAGUGCAGAAAGAUUUCAAGAACUGAAAAAAUAGUUGAACAGACAAAGAAGAAUCACUUAGAUGGAUAAGAAAUGGAGAUGUAGGUUAUGAUGGAGAAAUUCUGAUAAUAAGAGCACAAAAUCAAGACCUAAAAAACAGCUUCAAGAAAAUGGCAAGUAUAUCAGGGAGUGACCAGUGUGGUUUUAUCAUGCAGCGGUUGAGAGUACGAAUCAUCUGAUAUCAGCCUGCCAGACCCUGCUUGCAGAUGGUCAAUAUACAGCCCGCCACAACAAUAUCUGUAAAUAUAUACAUUGGAAAAUACAUAAAGAAUUCAGAAUUGAAGUAAAAGAAAAAGUGUGGGAGCAUGAACCAGAUCCAAUCACCUCCAAUAGGGCCGUUACCAUCUUUUAUGACAAGGAAAUUCCAACAGGAAGAUAUAAAGAAGGAGGUGCUAUAAAACCUGAUAUUGUGACCUGGAACAAGGAGGAAAAAACAGCAAAGAUUAUAGGUGCGACACUACCCAGUGACUUUGGCCUCAAUAGAGCUGAAAGGCAUAAAAUAACAAAAUACCAUGACCUACAGAACGACCUGAAAAGUACAUGGGAACUGAAGGAAAUAGAAAUAGUACCUGUGGUGGUAGGGCAAUAAGACUUAUAAAGAAAAACCUGAGCAAUAUCUUCAGGCAAUAUCAAGUUACCCAAGUAUAAAUGAGGUGCAGAUUGCUGCCCUCAUAGGAACGGUAAACACCUUGAAAAGAGCCCUCGGAUAUGAGGCUAGUGGAACAUAGAGGUGCAACCAUAGACCCCAGGCUGGAGCCCAUUGCACCCCUGAUAUAAACCGAAAAUUAAGAAUAACAGAAGCCAGAGAGAGAAGCCCAUGUGUAAGAAUGUGGAAAGGAAUUUUACAGGAAACAUCUUAUAAUGCAAAUGAGAAUUCACACUGGAAAGUAGCCACUUUCAGUAAACCCUCAAUUAUCUGCUGCAAUAUAUAUCCAAGGCUCUUGUGGAGAUUGGAAAUUUGUGGAUAUGGUAAACAAUCACUUUAAGAAUGUAAAAUAAACCCUAAAUCGUCAGAAUGAUUACUAGCGCUAAUUCACACCGACUGCAUAAGGACAUGUAUGAAGAAUGCUGACAAGAACGUAAACAUUACAGUGCCAUUUGGUGGGAGACGGGUGAUUACAGAGACAGUCUUAGUGGGUUAGCCAAGUGUUACUUUUAAUGAUUUUGUAAUAUGCAGAUUGCACUUAAUGGGUCAAAGAUAUAAGCUGAUUUUAACAGUAAAUAAGUAUCCAAAUAAUUGAUUAUACGAAAAUUAUUUAGUCCUUUAUUUUCUUGCCUGUAUUGUGACUACAGUAUGCGCUAAUAAACAAUACAUAAUGCACUACAGUACUGUGCUGUACACAUAAUGAAAAAGCAAACUGUACAAUACCGUCAGCUGAAUAAAUGCAUACAAAAACUAUCCUGAAAUUCUGUCUCCCUCUCUCAUACCCGUUCACAUUGCCAGAACUGUUUACUUGUGGCAAACCUGGAAAAUCUCUUUUUUCUAGCAUCAUGAUGCAUAUAUGUAUGUACAAGCACAUGUACGUCAACACAAGCUUAUUUGUUAGAAAGUAGCUGCUAUUUUGUACUGCAUUUUGUUACCGCCACAUUAAUUAAAAAUCUAAUAAGCUUUUCACUCAAAUCUUAUUACAGAUGUAUCACAGCAUUACAUCUAAGCUACUUGGGCUUAGGCAAUUGUAUAUUAUUGGCUGAAACAACUUUUAAAUGUAUAUCACACCAUAUUUACUGAAAGUCCUGAUUGAUGUUAAUUACAUUCCAUAAAAGGAUAUUAACUUUUUCACGUACUGCACAUCAGAGUUCUUGCUCUGAAUGUGAGCAAUUUAUAGAAACCAAGCAACACUCACUGCGUUCUCUAAGGAAUGGAAGUCAAUCCUUGAAUGCUGGCAAUGAGAGAGAGAGAGAUGCAAAACUGCAAUUGUCAUCACCUUUGAAGGCAAAAAAGAAAGUUUACACUUCACAUUUGCAUAAAUUGGUAACAAGACCUUUUAAACCUUUAGAGUGAAGAGAGAGAGAGAGACUUACAGAUAUUGUGUACUACAGUAGUUUUUAAAUGGUUACAACUCAAUAAGCAGCAAACGAGAUCUAAAUGGAAAACUUAAUCAUUUUGAUGUCUCUUUGACUUAUAAUAUGGGUAUGAAGUAACUGUUGCUCCCAUGGCAUCCUGAGUUACGAUCAGGACUGAAUGACAAGCGAACAAGAACAAAAGCAAUACUGUACCUGGUCUUUUGUUUGUGUUGUAUGGACAGGUAAUACCUUUAAGUACCUUACCAUGCAAUUACAUUUAUAUUCUAAAAUGUUCAGUUGAUUACAUGUAAAUUACUCCUCUGCAACCAGUUAUAUCAAUAUUGUAGUAUCUGGUUACUACUACCUUUCUGUUGCAUUGUGUAUGAUCAUAUGAUGACGAGUUAAUGUCCCAUGAUAAAUUGUGAUUUACAUAAUUGUGUUUAACAUUAAGCAUAUUCCAUUAAAUAUUUACCCAAUGUUUCAAUUUUGACGUAUGAUUGCCCAAGUUGUAGGUGAUCAUAAGGGGUUUUGAUCAAGGAAGGACUCCAAAAGUUUUGUAAACAAUAAAGAAUAAUCCAGAGAGAGGAAGAGAACAGCAAGCAAGCACACAGCAAGUGCGUAAUUGACUUCAGUAUGAUGCAGAUGAUUAUGUAUAUAAAUAAACACACAUAUGGUGUAUACUAUAUGUGCAUGCAAAGACAGACACUGAUAAGUAAGAAAAUUUUUGAUGCAACAUGACUGGGCAGUUUAUACUGAUAUGUUAUUUUGUAAUGUGUUCCAAGUUUUUCAGUUCACUGGUAUGGCAACUUGGUAACUUUUGGAGUUAUUCUUCAGAGGUGGAAAUGGAAGAGAGUGAUAAUGGGAGACAAACACAAGCAGCCAACGAGAGAUUGAAACUUCUGUGACACAGUCAUGACACUCAGCCACUCUAAAGUAAUAAUAAUAAUAAUAAUAAUAAUAAUAAUAUCCUUUAUUUCAGCUCAGGGCCAUUAUACAUGGAAUAUACAAACUGCAGACAGUAACAUACUCAAUCUAGAGACCUUAGGUGGUUACAGUAGUCAGGUCCAGAGGGCUAAAUACAAAAAUCGAGUGUAAAAAAAAAACUUUAACUUGAUAGUAAUCAGUAAUAAUGAAAAAGUAAAAUAUCAGCAGUAAAUACAAUAAUAAUGACAGAAUCUGCAGAUGACAUCUUGCCAAUACAGAGAUUAAGUCCUUUAAGGGACAAAGGCCUCAUUUUCCCAUCUUUCCCACAAUUUAGAUCUUACCUCACUUCUUUGUAUGAGCGAGUUGCUGUCGUUCCUCACUCGGGUUACCAUGUGGUUUUCUAUGAACAUCUGUGUGGCAGAGUGGUAGUGAGGAAUGUUUGUGAGGCGUCUCAGAAUGUCAUUGUGCACAACAGUGAUACUUCUAAUGGUCUCUCGGGUAUAGUUCGUCCAGUGGGAACACCCAUAAAUACUGUAGCAGUACGAGCAGAAAAGCAGCAUUUUCAUGUCUCGGUGACAGAAGGCAAACCUUGCAAUCAUGUUGCCAGUUGCACAUAGUUCACGACGCCUCUGUGUACGUAUUAAACAGGUAUGGAGAGAGAAUGCCCCCUUGCCGAAGCCUGUUUAGGGAGCCGAAGGUGUCCGAUAAUACGUUACCCCAUUUGACACAGAAUUGCUGUGUGGAGAACCAGCAAUGUAAAAUGCCAAUUAGAUGUAGGGUUGUGCCUCUUUUAUGCAGCUUCAUGAAGAGCUUCAGGUAGUUUACUCUGUCAAAUGUCAUGUAUGAGAACUUUGCUUUUGAGCCAAUAAUGGUCGUGAAAGCUCCUGAAGAGAUAAAGUCUUGCCCCCCACCACCCAUAAACACACUGUUACAAAAGUUCCCCUGCAAAGCCCCUCCCCCCCAAUUUGCUUACCCCAGCCUACCACCCUCACAAUACCCUUUUCUCAGUGGCUAUUAGCAGCGUUAUUGUUGCAUUUUUCUGCAUAUGCAUUGUUGCCAACCAUACAGGAGGCUUUCUAUUCAUUGUUAUAUAUUGCAAAUAUAUAUUUUAUAAAUAAAUAUAUUGGGGUGCUCCAGUCUUUGCAAAUGUGGAUUAAUGAGAGGUUACUUACGGCCAGGAAUGUUAGAAAGUAUUUACCUGUAAAAAUAAUUGUAGGGCACAUCCACACUACAGAUUAUCUAAUAUCACAAACAGAUUGAAAACAAGAGAACAACUGUAAGUAAAGAAUGAAUCUGGUAGAUGCCAGACAAUGAAAUAUACUAUUUAAAAAUCUUGAUGACUUCCAGAGGCUAUAUGAGUCUCGCAGGAUAGUUCAGCAUAGUAGGAAGUCUCUUUGCAAAAUAAAAAAAAGGAAAGGAUUAGAAUGCCAGCUCUCGCCGAAUGAAGGUAAAAUAUAAAUUGCCAUCAAAAUGACCUUACACCAUUACUGCAUAAGGUCCUUCUUGGACAUUUAUUUCACAAGUCCUCACUUCGUCCAUUGACUAAAGAAACCAGGGAAUGUUAUGCAAGUCAUGUAUGUAAGUCCUAGUGAUGAUAUAUGUAUCUUAUAUACCUGAUUAGUGCCGAAAGUAAGUGUGUAUCUGUUGUGUAAGUACUAGAGACCUUAAGUAAUUCCUUUGCAUGGGAAAUCUUGUAUUGUCAACUUGAUCAUUUUCCAAUCGUACCUUGUACAGUAUUGCAUAUAUUUCUCAUGUGAAGCAUCGAAUACUAUUUGAAUUACCUUACAGCAUGUCAUAUGCUA